AUGCGGUGUGGAGGGAGAUCGGCGAAGCCUGGAAAAGAAGGAUUGGUACCGGUGUUCCUCAAUGUCUACGAUCUUACCUCCAUGAAUAGCUACGCUUACUGGCUCGGCCUCGGCGUCUAUCACUCCGGCGUGCAAGUUCAUGGAGUGGAAUAUGCGUUUGGAUCUCAUGAACAUGCGACGACUGGAAUCUCCGGGGGAGAACCGAGACAGGGCCAUGGAUUUGCAUUUAGAAAGCAGAUUCUGAUAGGAUUUACAGAGAAGAAGUGGAUGGAGGUUAGAGGAGUUAUGGAAGAGCUUGCUGAAGACUACAAAGGAAAUUCAUAUAAUCUCAUCGCCAGAAAUUGCAACCACUUCUGCAAUGAUGCGUGUGUUAGACUCACCGGAAACACGAUUCCAAGUUGGAUUAAUCGUCUCGCGAAGAUAGGUUCGUUGUGCAGCUGUAUAAUUCCGGCGAGCGUAAAUUCGAUUAAAGUCGGAAUCAAGGCUAACAAAGUGCAUAAUGAAGGAGAAAUUAGCAAGAAUCACAGAAGCCGAUCUGGAAACGGAAGGUACGCGGCUUCGUCUUCGAAUUCUUCAUUGUCGUCUGAGAAAUCAUCAUUGCCAUUAUAUCCUGUUGUUGAUCGGAGCAGAAGUCAUAGAAGUAAAGCUUCUCUACCUCCAUCUUCACCUAUGAUUCUUAAUUUUUGUUUUUCUUCUCACGCAUCACCUUAG